AUGGAGUUCACACCAAUGACUCCAGAGACCACGUUUCAGUAUGCCGACCUCAAUAUCAAACAUAUUAAUCCUGAAAACACACUUGCAAUGGUGAAACGGGCGAUUCGAAUGGGUUAUGACACUGUGGCCAUCAACGUUGAUUUGGGAGAUAUUGCGGAUUAUUAUACCGAGCUUGACAUGCUGUGGACACCUGGAAAUAAGUCGAGUGCAGAUGGUGAACCUCCGAAAAAGAAAAAGAAGAAAAAUCAACGGAAAGACGAGAUGGCUGAUGGAAUUGCUGGAAUUUUAAAGAAAAAGCUGAUUCCACCUCCCCAUUUUGUCGAUGUCUCUCAUUUGGACCUUUCGGAUCUUGAAAAGCGUGGAAAAGUGUUUCGCCAAUUCAGUCGAAUCACUUUCACAGCCAACGAGCAAGUCGUCAUCAACAAAGUCUUCAUUCAUCCCACUGUUCUUUCCUACGACAUUGUCGCCGUGCGUCCAGGAGACCCAUCUGUAAUCGACACGCUAUCUCGGAAAACUGAGCUUUUUGAUAUCAUCACUAUCGAUCAUUUAGAAGAGAAUAGGGGAAAAUGGUUGUCUGGUUCAAAAGUGAUGGAUCGAAUUCGAAACGAUGGAGUGUUCUACGAGAUUGCGUAUGCGGAGAGUUUGAUGCCGGCGACACGGAAAAAUGCUCUAUUCAACGGUCGUGUCCUGAUCCGUUCCCUAAAAUCGAAAAACGUCAUCAUCUGCUCGGGCGCCGAAACAAUGCUUGAUCUCCGUUCGCCAGUUGACGUCAUGAAUAUGUCGCUCCUGUGGGGUGUUGCCAACAACGAGGCACGUAAAAUGAUUUCCGGAUUCCCGAAGAACCUUCUGCUCCAGGCAGAGUGUCGUGGCACUGGAAACGGAGACGUUUGUUCGAUGAAAUUGAGUGAAGCGGAGAAAAUGGCAGGAAAUAAUGAGGAAGAAGAGAAGGAAGACGUUGGAAAUGACGAAGGAGAGGAGGAAAAGAAGGAAACAGUGAAGGCACCGCCAAUUGAUGUCAGAAUGAAUGUUUCACAAUAUAAAGCACUCCUUCAGGCAACGAAGAAUGCUAAUGAUAUGAUGAAGAAAAUCAAGGCAUCCAAAGCAGCGACUGCUUCAUCAUCAUCAUCCUGA